UCAAGCCUGACAACAUCUUGCUGGACCAGGACGGCCAUGUUAAAAUAUCAGACUUCGGCCUGGCAGUUCCUAACGUGUUCGGUGACAAGACCAUCAGUGGCCGGGCAGGAACAUUGUGGUACAUGGCUCCAGAGGUCCUGCAAGGGCAGAGAUACAAUGCUGCAGUGGAUUGGUGGGCACUUGGAAUCAUCAUGUGUCAAAUGGCUUCUGGGGACUCCCCUUUUUAUGAAGGCAACGACAGGGAGAAGGUCAUCAGCUCUAUCAUCAAUGAUGAGCCCAGGAUUCCUCGUUGGCUGAAUGACGAUCUGAAGGAUCUUCUGAGAAAGCUCCUGGAGAAGGAUCCAAAUCAGCGCCUUGGUGCUCAUGGGAAUAUAAAAUACCACCCAUACUUCUCUUCCAUCAACUGGGUGGAGCUGGAAUGGAAAAAAGUACCACCUCCUUUCCAGCUAAGAGCAGUAAGUACAUGA